AUGAAUACCACACAGCGAAGUGAAAGUAUGAAUGCAUUUUUUGAUGGUUAUGUGCACUCACAGAUCACAUUGAAAGAAUUUGUUGAUCAAUUUGAUAUUGCUUUAAGAAGAAUGGUCGAGAAUGAAACACGUGCUGAUUUCGAUUCUUUUAAUCGCACGAUCCCAUGUAUAAGCCCACUCCUUUUGGAGAAGCAGUUUCAAGAUGUUUACACAAAUGCAAAGUUCAAAGAAGUUCAUGAGCAGUUUGGGAAAGUUAUGACUUGUAAUAACUCUCAUCUUAAAAGUGAAGGCGCAAUUUCUACCUAUGAAGUUAUUGACUACGGUGUCGUUGUUGGAAGCCGCACGAUAGAAAAAACAUUUCUUGUUUACUUGAAUGAAGAUGAAUUGAAUGUGAAAUGCACAUGUGCAUUGUUCGAAUUAAGAGGCAUCUUAUGCACUCAUUCUAUUUCUGUGUUAAUGACAAAGAAAGUGACAGCGUUGCCAUCAAGAUAUGUUCUUGACAGAUGGAGGAAGGAUAUAAAGCGAGAGUAUUCUAUGUUUAAAAGUAGUUUUGAUGCUAUUGGUGAUAAUCCUAAUGCCCAACUACAUGACAAAAUUAGAAAUAAUUUGGAGGAAUUACUAUCGCUCACAGCAGGAAAAGUGGAACGUUGCAUGGAUGUGAUGAAAAAUAUUGAUAUGUUAAAGGAGAAAUUUCGUGAAUUAAACCUUGCGCCAAGUCACUCUUCCCAUCGCAUUUCAGCUGCUAUUGCAUCUUCUAGCUGUAAUGAAGUCGUUAAAAGUAAUGAUGAUGUGGCAUUGCAAAAUAAUCAGGUGCUUAGUCCUACUAAGGUUAAACGUAAAGGGAAGCCACCAAAAUUGAGAAAGGUGCCCGUUAUAGAAAAAGUAGCCAAGAAAUCCAAAAUAUUAACAAAGCCAUCUACAAACAACAAUGCCAAACAGAAGAGACGAAGGAAUCAGGUGAAUUUGCCGGUUGAUCCAAGACAUGGGUUAUCCAUAUUGGUUCGCCAACACAAGUACGAAGAGGCUUUCACUACAGCCCUACAAAAAUGUCAUGUGUCAAUUGUGAACUGGCUAUGCUCCCAAGACCUGGUUGUGAAUGUGAUAUCCGCAAUGGGAGAGGAGCAGAUUGAGCAGAUUUGUGCUGAUUUGUGCUCAUAUGCCAUGAAAGUGAAAUGUUUUGUCUUGAAUGAGGUGGUGGUGGUGGUGUUCACAACAGUGGUUACCGCGACAUUGUAUGCAGGAAUUGCCAGCAGCUGA